UUUACGACGGUGACGUUUUCUUCUCACGGCGUUAGUCCGAAAAAAAGACGAACCGUGAACAUGUCUGACAAGCAAAAAGACGACUGCGGAGGAAGUGUUGCCACAGACAGCAAACCAACAGGUGAAAGCAAGCUAGUAUGCACGGAAAACCAAACAGAGACCGACUCCUUCAUCAGAAGCUACCUGGAUCCUGCAGAGGAGUACAAGAUGGGCAACAAACGACGAGGUCUUGCACUCAUCUUUAAUCAGGAGUGCUUCUUCUGGCGCCUGGGCUUGCAUGACAGAAAUGGAACCAAUGCUGAUCGUUACAAUUUGGAGAAAAGAUUGAAGGAUCUAAACUUUGAAGUAAGGUGUUAUGAUAACUACAAGCAGGAGGCAGUCCUAGAUGAAAUCGCCAAAGCUGCGGAGGAAGAUCACUCAGAUGCGGAUUGCUUUUUUCUCGCCUUCCUGAGCCAUGGAGAGGAUAACCAUGUUUAUUGCUACGAUGGAAAAAUCAGUAUCCAGGAGAUCACGUCCAUGUUCAAGGGAGACAAGUGCCAGGACCUUGUUGGAAAGCCAAAGAUCUUCGUAAUACAGGCAUGUCGAGGAGAAAAGCAUGAUGAUCCGGUUACCCCUGCUGAUGCAGUGGAUAGCAAAGUAGAGGUGUUUGUGGAUGCCAGUGCCAUACACACGCUGCCUGCUGGGGCUGAUUUCAUCAUGUGCUAUUCUGUGGCUGAAGGUUAUUACUCACACCGGGAGACUAUCAAUGGCUCCUGGUAUAUCCAAGAUCUGUGUGAAUUGCUCCAAAAGCAUGGUGAUACCCUGGAAUUCACAGAGUUACUCACGCUGGUCAAUAGAAAAGUGUCCAUGAGGAGUGUUCUGAGAGCUCGUGACCUACACGCUAUUGGGAAGAAGCAAGUACCUUGUUUUGCUUCAAUGCUCACCAAGAAACUUUACUUCCGACCAAAAAAGUAACACUGUCACACCUCAGUCUUUCAAUAAGCGGGUUUAUGUGGGUUUUUUUUUUUAACUAGAUAGGGCUUCUGAACAGGAAUUCACACUUGGAACUAGAUUAGGACUAAAUGUAUAUAAUUUUCUGUAUCACCAUCUGAAUAUGAACACAUGCAAAGUGACCAUCUAAUGCAGUUUAUUGCUUCAUUCAGCGCCUGUUAGGCUCUAUGGGGGUCAUAUGUAAAACAUGUUUCUUUGGCAAAGAAUUAGUGUUGUUCUUAUGGCAAAAUUUAAAUAACUAAACAGUGAAAACGUGGUUUCCAGAAGAUGAAAGCAAACAAACAAAUGAACUCUUUAAUCUUGGUCAGACUUUCCCAGUUAUCUCUGAAUGCAAACCAAUAGUUGGGAUUAUAAUGGAGUCCAACCCAACAACCCCUACAGUAACUGAUAUUUGAACUGUUGUUGGAAAUAGAGAUGCUGUUUUACUUAGUGAACACAACUGUGGCUGUCUUCUGACUAAGUUGAAUAUCCAUCCAUCCAUCCUCUCCUGCUUAUCCAAUUCAGGGUUGUCAGGGCCAGCUGCCAUAGGUCGAGAGGCAGGGUACACCCAGGACAGGUUGCCAGUCUGACUAAGCUGCUUAUGACACAAAAUAUAACAAGAUCUAAUGAGUUUAUAGAGAACAUCCAAUUGAAAAUCAGUUGUAUUUACCUCAGGCCUGUAGUUGUGGCUAUCCAUCUUGAUUGCAUUAGUAAUGAAUUAAUUACAGAGUUUUGUGAUAGCAGCUGUUGAAACAACCACUCUGCCUGAAUUUAACACAACUAAAUGGCACUUAUCUCGUAAGACACAAGGACCCAGAAAUAUAUUUCUCAGAUGUCCCCUUUCAGGAAUUAUUUCCUGAGUAUUAAAAAGAGUUCAUGUGGGAAUGCCAGGAUGUUCAAGUUAGUGGCUGAGCUUCACGUUUCUUUUGAUGAUCAGAUUUAGUUCCAUACAAGGAAAAUAGUUCUUAAAUUUGACUUGUCGUUUUAGUCCUUUAAGCAUAACGAGAUAACUGACAUUUAAUUUUAUUAUAUAAAAGAGAAGGCAGACAUGCCUGGAGCUGGAAAUGAAGAAAAGGCACUACAGGCCAGAGGAAAACUAGCAGAGAUGUUUUGUUCUGGGGGACAGGGGUGUGUAAAAGACAACAAAUUUGCCAAAACGGGCAACAUUAAAACUACUGUCAUCGUUUAAAUACUGCCAUUGAUGGCGUAGCUGUGUUAAAUUUGGUAUUCCUGUUAGUUUUUCUAUCCCCGUCCAUGUGGAUUACAACCCAUCUGUAUUUAAAUUAUGAUGGUUAUGAAUCAGUCUUUUUCGGCUGCUUCGUAAAACUACUGAAAUAACUUUGGUAGUACAGAACGAUGUCUUACUGCACGGCAGUGCGUUCAGUUUGCCUUCUUUUAUAACAAGUUCAAAGCACAUAGUUUGCAGCGGCCUUGAACACCGAGCUGUUCACCGGCUCAGCGCUGUCUGUGGAAGCUUGAAAACUCAGGGAGUCUGUUUCACGGGUUUUUGAGGAUUUUUUUUUUCAGCCAGACAAAUAUUUUCCAGUUCAUCUUCAGAAAUAGGCGACAUGCAGUGCAUUCCACUUAAAACUGGAAUUUCUUAGUUCUUAGCUGGAAUUUUCCGGUGGAAUGCUCCUACUCAUCAGUUUCAUUAUUAUCUCACUAUAAGCCUCAAGUAGCCAACACUUUAACAAACUGUCCAAGCACUACAUAAACAGUGUGUUUCCUUAAGCCUUACUGCUUUACAAAGGGAUUUCAUGUUCUUUAUGUGUCAGUAACUUAUAGUACAUUUACUCCUGCAUAUUUGCACCUAGACGACAAUACCAGUGUGAAAAGUACCUCAGGGAGGAGGGUGUGUUCUUUAAAGUUGUACUUUGGACCUAAAACUGUGUCAUGUGGUGUAUGUGUGUGGCGUGGGUGGGGUGAAUAUGCCAGAACACACAACAAUGCUGUAUUUUUGUGGUCAUAAUUUAGUUACUUUACUUGCCCUCAAUAAAAAGGUGUUUUAUAAAAA